CGGAUAAAGCAUUUGAUUAGCCGACACCGACAAAGUUUCUUGGAUCAGUAUAAAUACCGUUUAUAACCUCGCUUGAGAUUUAGAUCAGUUGAGAUUAGUGCAACUGCAAUAUAUAAGAUAACAUGAAGUUCGCAGAACAUUUGUCUGCACACAUUACACCCGAGUGGCGUAAGCAAUAUAUUAGCUAUGAGGAAAUGAAAGCGAUGCUUUACACAGCAGUGGAAGAAGCACCUUCAGAUGAAAGUGUAGAACCAGAAGUGAUAUCACGUCAUUUUGCUUCAUUUGACGAGGUGUUUUUUACAUUCUGUGAUCGUGAAUUAAAAAAGAUUAAUACAUUUUACUCAGAGAAGCUAGCAGAAGCCACACGUAAAUAUGCAGCUCUGCAAAGUGAAUUGAAAAUUGCAUUGGAGCAGGGAAGUGGGAAGAACAAAGGAAAGACCAGCAUGAAGCCAAUUUUGCCUGCUAGAAAACUCAGGGACCUAAAACUUGCAUUUUCAGAAUUUUACCUUUCCCUGAUACUUCUUCAGAACUAUCAGAAUCUUAAUCAUACUGGUUUCCGCAAGAUUCUCAAGAAACACGACAAGUUAUUAUCGGUUGAUGCUGGUUCAAAAUGGAGAGUCGAGUGUGUAGAGACAUCACAUUUCUACACAUCCAAAGAUAUAGACAGGCUAAUACAAGAAACAGAAGCUACUGUGACGAACGAUCUCGAGGGUGGCGAUCGGCAACGUGCCAUGAAACGUCUUCGCGUACCUCCACUUGGUGAACAUCAGAGUCCAUGGACUACUUUCAAAGUUGGUUUAUUUUCUGGCAGCUUCAUUAUUCUGUCAGUUGCAGUUGUUCUUUCAGCGAUCUUUCACGAUAGUGGAGAGAAUUUGAAGAUUGCAUUUAGAUUAUAUCGAGGUCCUUUUCUUAUUAUUGAAUUCUUAUUCCUUAUUGGAAUUAAUGUGUACGGAUGGAGAUCCUCAGGUGUCAAUCACGUGUUGAUCUUCGAAUUAGAUCCACGAAAUCACCUGUCAGAGCAACAUCUCAUGGAGUUAGCUGCUGUUCUCGGAGUUGUUUGGACGCUCAGUUUAUUAAGUUUCUUAUACAGCACCAGUUUAAGCAUUCCGCCAUACGUGAAUCCGUUGGCGCUUGUUUGUAUUAUGGUGGUAUUCCUAAUAAAUCCGAUUAAAGUGUUUCGUCACGAAGCUCGUUUCUGGCUGUUGAAGAUCAUAGGUCGUGUUUUAAUAUCACCGUUUGCCUAUGUGAAUUUCGCUGAUUUCUGGUUGGCGGAUCAAUUCAAUAGUUUAGCGACUGCAUUCCUGGACUUUCAUUUUUUGAUAUGUUUUUAUAUCACGAACGGUGACUGGUUGAAAGCGGGUGACACUACGCAGUGCAUGUCUGGCUCUCUCAUUAUCAGGCCUAUUGUGAACUGCCUACCAGCGUGGUUUCGUUUCGCGCAAUGCGUUCGUCGAUACCGAGACUCUAAAGAGGCGUUUCCGCAUUUGGUGAACGCUGGAAAAUACUCUACAACCUUCCUCGUUGUUGCCUUUAGCACUUUAUACGCUUAUAACGCAGCGGAGUAUGAAAAUCGAUGGGAAAAUCCAUGGUUAUGGCUGUGGUUGUGCAGUUGCCUUCUUAAUUCGAUAUAUUCGUACACAUGGGAUCUUAAAAUGGAUUGGGGUCUUUUAGAUAGCAACGCUGGUGAAAAUCGUUUUCUGCGCGAAGAAGUAGUUUAUUCGACGGCUUGGUUUUAUUACUUCGCAAUAAUAGAAGAUUUUAUACUACGAUUCAUAUGGAUUGCGAGUUUUAUUCUAGUUGAAUGCAGAUACAUUUCUGGCGAUUUAAUGACUUCCAUUGUGGCGCCUCUUGAGGUCUUUAGACGAUUUGUAUGGAACUUUUUCCGUUUGGAGAACGAACAUCUGAAUAACUGUGGUAAAUUCCGCGCCGUACGCGAUAUUUCGAUAGCGCCUAUUGAAAGUUCAGAUCAGACGCAAAUUCUGCGCAUGAUGGACGACGAAAAUGGUGUACUUAAUAGGGGAAAACGUAAGAGCGGCGGUAAAAAGCAGAAUAACACGAAAGAAGAGAAACGAGCGCUGCUUAAAGAAGAAACUAUUGAUAUCGAUAUAUCGAACACCAGUUGAAUACAGCUCAAGACUUUUUGUACAACGCCUUUAUCUUUAACUUCGUGAAAUGUUGAAAGCAUUUGAAACUUGGUACUUACAAUUAGAGGAGAUAGCUUGCACGAUUCAAGCUUGUCAUCAUGUGAAUGAUAGAUAUUAGAUUUUACUAGAACAAAGAUUAUCACACAAGUUUUGGUUAAAGAUUAUACGUUUCUAAUAACAGUGCCUUUUACAUUAUUGUCAUGUAAGAUUGUAUGAAAGUGACAUAUCACUUUACGAUGAAUAGUAAUAAUCCAAAGUAUCCUAGUUUGCACCAAGUCUUCCAACAUAAAAAAAAGAACAAGUACUUAUAGUUUGGAUAAACAACAUUAUAAAUUUUAUAAUUUUCAAGUUUAUGUAGGAAGAAAUAUACAUAUAAUAUAUGUAUAAAAAGUGUGCGCUAAUAUGUAGAUUAAAACAUUAGGUUUAACGAUUUUUAUUGAUGAAUUUGAUCACCAAUUCAUUUGCCAUUUAGAUGCCAGUAUGCACAAUGACUGUUGCCUAUAUCACGAAAUUUUUUCGAAAGUUACUUUUCAACAGCAAGUAUAUUGAUACGUAAUAUCAAUAUCUAAUGUCUAAUAAUAAAAUAUUUAUAUCAAUAUCGAAAGUAGAAAAAUAAUCAAUGCAACGUAGUUACAACGCUCGUAACUGUUAAGUGAUACUAAACUAUACUAGAGGCUAUUAAUAUUUUUUUUAUACAUAUAUUCAACGUAAUCACAGUACUUAUUAUAUAUCUAAUCAUAUUAGGUUAUAU